AUGGUUUCUACAAAAAAAGCUCUUGUCAUACUCUCUCCAGGUGCAGAAGAGAUGGAGACAGUCAUCAGUGUCGAUGUAAUGCGUAGAGCAAAAAUAGAGGUCACUUUGGCUGGCUUAGAAUCAGCAGAUCCUGUCGAAUGCAGUCAAGUAAAGGUUAUCCCUGACACCUCAUUAGAAGAAGCUAUGAAACAAGGUCCAUUUGAUGUGAUUGUCUUACCUGGUGGUCUUGGAGGAGCAAAGUGUCUUGCAGAAUCAAACAAGGUCAAAGAUCUUUUAACGUUACAGGAAAAGGAAGGUCGAUGUAUUGGCGCUGUGUGUGCGGCACCAUCUGCAUUGUUAUCUCAUGGGAGCAAGGGCAAGACGAUUACCUCUCAUCCAGUAGUGAAAGAGGAUUUGCAGAAGAGCGGAGAUUACUGUUACAGUGAAGCUCGUGUUUGUCGUGAUGGCACUAUAAUAACUAGUAGAGCCCCAGGUACUACAUUUGAGUUCGCUCUUUGCAUUGUCCAAGUUCUGUGUGGAGAAACUGUUGCAAAAGAUAUUGCUGGACCCAUGUUUGUAAAGAUUUAA